GCCAGGGGAGGGGAUGCUGCAACCUCUGCUGCUGGCUGUGUCAUGCCGGGGACCUUUGCGCCUAGCCCAUUUUUAUCUGUGUUUUCUCCCUUUCUCUCCCUCUUUCUGCUCUCCCCCUCCCGUCGGUAUGUGGGCUGAUCACUGCUCAAACUUUUAAUUCAGAUGGUAAUUGGAAUAAUAAUACGGGCAGAAUCCUUCUGGCUCUGUUGCUGCAGCUGGCUUCGGAGAGCUAUGAAUAGCUCUGAGUCACACACUGAGAUGGUUUAACUUCAAAUCAUUUUGUUUUGUUUUCAUAUUACCCAUGCCCAGGCUCCAGGGCUUCGCAGGGGGGAAAAAUCCCCUCUCUCACUCCACCCCAAAACACAACCCGGGCACAGGCACGUCCACAGAACCCUCCUGGGGAGAGCAGGUCGCGCCGAGGAGCCGGUCAGCUCGCCGUGCCUCGCGGGGCAGAUGGGGACUGCUGGCACCAACUUGAUCUAUUUAUAAUUAUUGAAGGAAAAGGCAGCAGUGUGUAUAUAAAAAUGGCAUGGCGCUGCUUCCAGCUUCCUCCCCUCACCUGCCCUACGCCACUUGCCUCUUGCUCUCCCACACGGCAGCCACGCUAAGGAGGAGUGGGGCCAAGGAGGACUCGCAGAGCCCACGCGGCGCAUCCCGGGCACCCCGCUGCCCCCCGAGCACUGCCGUUGACCCCUGUGAGGGUUCGGGAGGACCGGGAGCUCCCCGGCUGGAGCCGCAAAGGGGACAGAGAGGAAAAAAUGGAAGCGGCCACGGGUCUGCUGGGCUCUGCCCAAGGCCGGGGUCCCCAUCCCUGAAGGGAGCAGCAGGUGAAGGGGAGGAAAGGUACGAGGCAGCGGCCACCGUCGGAGAGGCAGUGACCACAGACGGGAAGGAAGCAUUUGCCAGACGGCUCCAGAUAAAGCAAAGCGUAAAAAUACCAUGGGAUUUUUCCAUCGCCGUCGUUGUUCGCAGCGUGCGUCCUGGAGCGCCAGAUACGGCUGUUAUAAAAAGAGAAGUGGGGGAGUGCUUCGGCGUGGACUUGUCUGUUCUGCUUCACGAGGCUGCUCCGCCGCGGAGCUGAGGGAAGAUUGACAAAUAUGAGCCACUCCGGCAGGGGAUGGAGGGAACCUGGGACGAGCGAGGCACCGCACCAGGAGCACGGGAUCAAGCGAUGGAGGCGUCGUCUUGGUGCCAUGCGUGCUGCCGGUGUUGUCAGCCUCCAGAUCCCUCAGAAAGGGGCAGUGACGGGCACCGAGGACCAAGGUGGCGUGCUCAGGGCCUGGCGCAAUGGCUUGUGCCAAUAAAGCGAAGAGCAUGGCACGGCCGUGGUGCUCCCAGCAUCACCAGGUGGAUGGCCCAGGAGAUGGGGAGCGGCUGGGAAGGAGGGCAGGCUGCAGGGAGGGACGGGACCGGUCUGCUGGCCCUGCGCUCCCACCCGCCUGGCUGCAGGGGCUGCCACUGACCCCACGCUGUGCCCACUGCGGGGGUCCCCACAAUCACCACCAACCAACCCCCCAGUUUGUCCCAUCUCCAUCUGGGUCCCUGGAGGCAGGACCAGCUCCCUGGGCACGUCGCCAUGGGAUGGGGAUUUGCACCUCUGCCCUCGGCCAGGCUUUCCUCCUCUCAUCUGUACAACCAGCACCGUCCACGUGAGGCCAUGAAUGUCACCCCCCUUUUGCUGGGGCUCCCUCGAGCUCACUCCCACUUCAUCCCACUCAUGUUUUAGGUCUCGGGGGAGGAAUGGGACCCCUCAGUGCCCCCUUGGCGUGGGCAGUGGGGAGGAUGCUGAUGAGCACAGGGAGUGAGCUGGUGGCACGACCCCUGACUUGGGGAGCCCAUUGCGCAGGCAGGGCCGUGUCGCCCGCACGGGUGCGUGGGGCUGGGAGCGGUGAGCGGGUUUCUUUCCGUCCGUCUCCUGGCUCGUGCGGCUGCGAGGCUGUGGCGGCCGGCAGUACGAGCGGUCCCUCUGCCAGCUGGCAGCAGGGGACGGAGCGGGGCGGCAGCAGCGCAGCGCGGACCCGUCUGCGGCCAGCCCGCGGGGCCGAUGCCCUGCCCAAAGCACUGCUGCCGCUCGGCUGCCGGCAGCCACGCUCGGCUCCUCCUGCCUCGCAGGAGGCAGCGAGGGCAGCCUCGGUGUCCCCAGCCGCCCACCGGUGACCGAGGUAGGUGCCCCGCGGGAUGCUCGAGGGGCUGUCCGGAGGGGACGGCUGCGGUGUCCCCGCACAGCGGGCUGAGGCCGUCGGCGGGGUGGACUUUACGUGGCUCGGCGAUUGCCAGGUUGCUGACGGAAUGAAGCAGGUGCCUGUCUUUAUUAAAGCCCCAUUUGUGCUCUGUCCCUGCCCUCCAUCCUCUCCCCGCAUCAGCCUCUGCGCCCCCGACUGCGGCUUUGCGCGGCACGCUCCUGCUUUGCCAGCCCUGUCCCCUUCCCCUGCCUGGUGCCAGCGCUGGCAGCACCGCGCCAGCAGCCUGCUCUUGCUGCCAGAGAUGUCUCCAUCCCCGCGCUGCCUGCCCAGGGCCACCGAGCCCUCUCCCUGUGCACCGCAAGAGGUUUCAGGUCGCUUUGCCAGCUCCUCUCCACCCUCCAACAGCAUCCCCGGGCUGGGUGGGCUCUGCGGGACCCCGAUACCAAAAAGCACUGGUUCAGUUCCCGGUUUCCUCGCUUCUUCAUCGUGACAUCACAGCGGGCAGGGAAGCCGCACGGUGACAUCACAGACCGGGGUGGUUCCUGUGCCCCCCCUAGCAAAGACAGAGAUGCUUGGUCCUCCCCUCCCUGCCGCCUCCACUGCCCACCCGAACACCCUGCUGGUUUGAAUGGAGGGGCCUCGGUGACCGCCCGGUCCCCCAGCAGUGUCACCGAGGCUGCAGAGGUUGGCACCGGGCAGGUGCCACCUGCCUGCGGGACCGGGGCUCAGGGCAGUUCGGAUCCCCCCGUUCCCUGCAGCCCGGAAAAUGUCGCGGCCGCUUGGCAUCUCCGGGGCGAUGGAGAGGGCCUGCCCGGAGCCUCAAGACCUGGAAGAUGAUGAUGAUGAUGACGACGACGAGGACAACGACGAUUACAGGUACGCCUUCCACUCGAUGCAUCCUCCGCCCCAGUGCAAGAGCCGCGACAGCUCUGGUGACAGUCAGCUGGAGGAUCCGGGCGGGCCCGUCCCCGUGCCGUUCCCCUUAAAGCCCAGACACUCCUGCGUGGUGAAAGAAGGCGAGAAAAACAGAAUGUACGCCAAGAGGCUGGCCAGGCACGUGCUGGAGCUCGAGGAGGACGCUCGGGACUUUCAGGAGCCAUUUUACAAAGAGACGGAAGCGUCUGGCAGCUUGUCGGAGGAGGAGGACGACAGCUGGAGCAGGACCUACCACCUCCCCAUGCACCGGAGGCCGCACGUGCCCCACGCUGCCAGCUCGUCUCCGCGCAGCCCCUACGACUCGUUCCAGCACGGCACCAGCAAGCACCUGGGGACGGAGGCGUUCGCUCUGUGGGCCCACGCCAGCGACCCGCACCUCACCUACCCGGAGCACGGCAGGGCAGCAGAGCCCCACAUGCAGCAGGAGGAGGCCGUCGGGGACAGGGAGCUCCCCUCCCUGCAGCUGACCUACAAAGUGCUCCGGGACGAGAACAACGUGCUCAGGAGGAUGGUCAGGAGCAUGCAGAGCUCCUUGGAGAGCCAGGCGCGCACGGUGCGCAGCCUGGAGAGGCGGCUGAAGGCCAGCCUGGUCAAAGAGGAGAGAGAGGCCCAAGGGCUGCAGACCCUCGUCCAGCAGGCCGAGAGGAGCCUCCAGCUCAUGACCCAGCGGGCUCUGGAGGCGGAAAGCAACGUGGAGAAGCUGAAGCAGGAGAUGAUCGUUCUCCAGGGGGAGCUGGAGACCUCCAAGGUGGAGAACGAAAACCUGAGAGCCGGCCAGACCACGGACCUGGGGGCGGUGAAGCACAACAUAGACUUUGCCUUGCAGAGCCUCCACAAGAUAAUAUCGGGAGCGAACUUGUCCAUCAGACAGCUGGUCUCUGGGGCAGAGUCGCUGAACUUUGUUGCUGAGCUCCUUAAGUCUACAGGCAAAAUUUCAGAUGUUGAAGAAGAGAAAGACCUAUGAACGAAACGCUGAGGGGGUCCCGCGGGGGAGCGUACAGACAGAGGCCACGGGUGUGUCCCCCAGCCUACACUAAAGAUGUUUGCUCUCAUGUGCUGGGCUGUGUGUGUUCAUCUUGGUAGCCUUUAUUCUUCACAGAAAUGCUUUCCUUGUGGUUAAUUAUGAAUGAUGGGUACUGCCGUAGCUGUUUUGGC